AUGAUUAAUUUUAAAAGAGUUAGUUUUACAAUGACAAAUAAUCAAAUAAUAAAAAAUCAAUCAGUUGAUUUUAUCUCAUAUUCUCCAAGUGAUAGAUAUAUAGGUGUUGCAUUAUCAAACUUGACAGGAUCAUAUUGGAAUGGUCAAAUCACAAUAUUAAAUACAGAGACACCACUGUCAUCUUCAUUAGAAUACAACACCAACUCUGGUAACACUUGUCUAAGAUGGUUAUCUGAUGAUUCUUUAAUAUUCUCAUCUGAUAGUGGUGCUAUUUCACUUUUAAAAAUCGAUGAUACAUCACUACAAAUAUUGAAUUAUCUAUCAACAACAACAACAACUAAUAGUAGUAAUGAUAAUGAUAGUAAUAAUAAAAAUAAACCACCUGUACCAAAAAAAAGAAGAGAUAAUAUUAUUGAAAUAUUAUUAAAUUGUGCACAUGAUAAUAUAAUCAGUAGUAUCGAUGUAAAUCAUCAUGACUCUAAUAGAUUAUUGACUGCGAGCAAUGAUAGAACUAUAAAGUUGUGGGAUAUUGAAAAUCGAUGUAAAUCGAUGCAAUUCAAUGUGCAUACGAGUGAGGUGAAUGCAAUUCAAUGGUCCCCUAAAGAUGCCGAUCUCUUUGUGUCUUCGUCAACUGGCAGAGUAGUUCUCUCUGAUAGCCGUUCAAAGUCAUCGUUUACCACAGUGAAGCUGACGAAUCAUCGUCAUGCAGAUAUACCAGUUAGAUCAAUCAAUUGGAACACCGAUAAUAUCGUUUGGUGUGGAAUGGACAAUGGUGACUUGCUAUCGAUAGACACUAGAAACAACUGUUAUACACAAUCGACAAUUAAACAACAUCAUAGAGCAACGAUCAAUCAAAUUAAAUUCAAUCCAUUCAACAAUGAUCAGUUAUCAACUGUAUCCGAUGAUCGUACCUAUAAGAUCUACAAUUUAUCAACAAAACAAACAGUUACAUCAACAAUCGAAUCAAAUAUCAAUCAACCAAACUAUAUUAAAUCAAUAGAUUGGAAUAAAUCGAUUGAGAAUCAAUUCAUUACAGGUUCAAAUAAUGGUAUAAUUACAAUUAAUAAACUAUAA